UGUUUCAAAAGAUACUUUGAAAGAUAUAUAAAUAUCUUAAUUCUUUUAAACUAAAAUUUUACUACUGCAAUUUGACAUUCUCAGAGAUUUUUUCAAUGAUUUAUAAUAAUUGCAAGUUGCAAUUUAUAUGAAUAAAUAAAUGAAUAACGUUUCAGAAAAUAAAACCACGCAAUAACAGCCUUGCGUUCAUUAUCUUCUAUACCAAUUAAUUGCUAGAAGAUCAGGUGUUUGAAUAAACGCCUGAGAGAGAAUUAACCAAGGAAAAAUUUGUGUAACAAUGGUGAAGCUCAGUUCCUUAGUCGUAACUCAAAUACUUCUGCUGCUGCUGUUGCAUUUAGCGACGUCGAUUCUCGGAUUAGAUCAUUACAGCAGAGCUGAUUUUCCGGAGGAUUUCAUUUUCGGUUCCGGAACUGCCGCACCUCAAUACGAGGGAGCAGCAUUUGAUGAUGGCAGAACUCCUAGCAUUUGGGACACCUUUUCUCAUUCUGGUCGUACAACGGGGGCCAAUGGAGACGUAGCAUGUGAUGGAUAUCACAAAUAUAAGGAAGAUAUCAAACUAAUGGUCGACAAGAGCCUAGAGGCGUUCAGAAUCUCUAUAUCGUGGUCAAGACUCAUUCCGUAUGGAAGAGGACCUAUCAACUCAAAGGGGUUACAGUUCUACAAUAAUCUGAUUGACGAACUUAUCAGCAACGGUGAAAGAACUGCGAAUGGAUCAAACACAAAGGGAUACUUUCAAUGGACAUUCCUCGAUUGUCUGGAGAUACUGGAUGGUUACGGAACAUCUUUUGGUCUUUACUACGUCGAUUUGGAUGACAAAUACUUAAAGAGAUCUCGAAAGCUUUCCGCACUUUGGUACUCCAAUUUCUUGAAGGGGAAGAAUAUCACCACCCUCGGUUCUAUUACUCCACUUAUUAGUGAUGAUCUCGUGCUAAAUCACUAA